GCAAGUUCUCUGAUAUUACCCUGACUCUGCACCGAGUACACGUACACGGAGACAUGCAGCUCUGGCAGACUACUCGUACAAGUACGGGUAUUCGUAUGGCUGGCACGCACAAAUAAGGCAUACGGCAAGGACUUGCAUCCCUCAUCGGGUAAAAAGUCUCACACGAUAUGCAGACAGACCCGGAUGAAGAGGCGCCAUGGCCAAAGGUUGUCCAGGGGGGUCCGAGAUAGUCCCGCACAACAUCAGCUCGCACCUAUCAAAAAACUACGUAACCCUUCCUCCGGCCAAUUGGGUCCUAGGCGGACCAGUGGCGCUGUGGCGUCUGGUCCAGCGAAAUUGGGGCCCCGACUGGAGGGUCUGGAGGGUCUGGAGGGUCUGGAGGGUCUGGAGGGUCUGCAAGGCCAAAAUCUCUUCCCCAAGGCUAGCACCACCACUUGGGGCACUUGGGGGAAUGGAACUCACCAACAAGCUUCUUUCAAACAAGUCCUCGUACUGCUACCGCCACGAGUGCGAGUUCAUAUUGGACAUGGGUCCCGUAGCGUCCCCAUCGAAGCCUCUCCAUUUAUAUCCAAGUGCGAAGACAUCCUUUGUACCAAGUGCUCGCACACGGACGCUACCAACGCCUUCAAGCGGAGGAUACACUCUCGGUCCGGUUUUUUUCCCCAAGCUAUCGUCUGUCCCAGUCCGCAGCUGGCCUAGGCAUACAUCGUAUGCUCUCUUUGAAUUUAAUUUUCAUUUCAAAACCUCCUUGGAAGCAACUGGCUUGCAUUCGAGAACCUGAAAGAUCCUUUGACUCAGGAGCUUGUCCCGGCCAGCACACCUAGGGCCACCACCCUUGUCGACCAUCAACACCCGUCGCUUCUCCUCCUCUCAGCUCCUCCCCCAGCUCGAGUCAACAAGCGAGAAAGCACUUCUUCCGGUUCCCUGUCGACUGAGCAAAUCACUUCUCGCAUCCUUCUACCUACGUCUGCGUACAUCUCCUGUUUUUUGUUGACCCCGCGGGGAACCAGACACCACAUUC